AGAACAAUGUGAGGAGCUUCGUGUACAGUGGAUGAAGAAGCAUCAGGAGGAAGUGUGUGAAGACCGGCUGGCCCAGCUAUCUCUGAAGAAGGAAUUGAAAAAGGAACAGAAGAAGGAGGAGCAGAUGUUUGCAGAGCUUUGGAAAGAGGAUAUAUUGGCCAAGGAAAAGCGAGAGGCGCUGGAGAUGCAGAAAUCAGCAGAACGGAAUCGGGAAGUCCUGAACGUGCUCAGUGCCCAGGUAGCAGGGCUCAGUGCUCACAGAGAGGAGGCAAAGCGGCUGAAAGAAGAGGAGGCUCGAUUGCUGGAAGAACAGCAGCAACUGCUUAAGCUAGAAAACGAACAACUUCAGAUGGAGAAACUACAGAAACAGAAGGAGUGCAGGGAUAUGUUGCUCAGCGCAGUACAGGACAAGAAGCAUCGUCUUCAUGAAGACAAACAAGGUGAACUUGCCCUAGAGAUGAAGAUCUUAGAAAAAUCUCUUCAGGAACCCCAGGAAGACACUGAGGAGAAAACAAAAAGAAAACAAGAGCUGUUCAAGGAGCAACAGACGUACCUGGCACACCUGGCUCAGCAGCUGGAGGACGAGAAGCAGCAAGAGAAAGAAGCGGACAAGCUCCUUGAAGAAGAGAUGGCAAAGGUUUGGGCCAAGAAGUCUGAGCAAAUGCGAGUGGAAAAGGAGGCUAGAAAACAGCUACUGAAAGAUGUUCUGGAUACAAGACAACUGCAGGUGGAGGAGAAGUUGCAGAGAAAUGCAAAGGAGCAGGAAGAACUCGCUCGAGAGAGGAAGUUAGUAGCUGAAGCAAUCACAGAACUCAAGCAUAUGGAAGAAGAAAAAUAUGCAAGAAAAGUAAAGGAAGCAAAAGAAUACCAAGAGCAGCUCAGGGCUCAAAUUGCCUCUCGACAACAGGCCCGUGAUGCUGAGAAAGGAGAGAAGCAGCGAGAAUAUGAACUGGGUCUGGCAACAGAGAGAGCUUACCAAGAAAGGGUAAAGGACAUUCUGUCAAGGCCUUGUGAGAAAAUGGCAAAACUCCACCCUUUCAGAAGAAAACUAACAUCUAACGCUCAAGAAGGUCACUUACUAUGA